GUGAGUGAAAGGCUGUGUGGCACUUAGCUGCCUGCCAGGUUAAACCACGACGGCCGGACUCCUCAGAACACAGUCCUGCCAUCAGCUGAGCACUCCCAUAGCCCACAGCAAGGGCACAAAAUGGUAGGGAAACAGAACUUGCUUGUUAUGGGGGAAGGGCAGAGGGAUCUGCCCUCACUCUCCUGCUCUUUUCUUCAGUGCAUUCCAGGAAACCACGCUGGCAGCCCAGGACUCCUUGGCACAGCCCUUGGCAGUGGUGAGGAAGCACACAAAACCCAGCCCAAAGCUGGCUCCAAGUCCCUCAGCCCCAGGACCGGUGCACCACGACACCAUCACAACCAGCCAUUGUGCACCUGGCUUGUUAAAGCAAUCUGAGAUACUGCUUCCAAAGUAAAAAUAAACACUGCUGUUUGAACAAGGAGAGACUCAAACAAUUAGGAGAGGAAUCCCUAAUGCUUCAUCCCUUGAGACAGCCAGGGUGUGACCCACAACCCAACGCGUGUGCUAGGAAAAGCACCUCUGUAAAAAGGGGAUGCUUGGGAGAGAAGUAGCAGGACCACAUGCACUUGGCCCCACCAGCACAGAUUGGAGAUGGAAACCAGCUGCUACUCGACUGUAGGGAAUGGGAACAACUCCUGCACCCAGCCAGUGGGUUCCCUGCCAUGAACAUUGCUCUUCCCGCAGCCUGGGGACAGUGCACGGAGCAGUGCUUUGGGAGCAUGCCCUGUUUAUUGCCACAUCUCUACAACCAACAACCUUCUCACAUUGCAAUCCUCAUCCUCAUCCUGCAACCCUAGCAAUGGGCCUGGAACAGGCCUCGGCCCCGGAACAGCCCCCAUACGCCACAAUGCACCACCAUGGCAACCGCCACAGCCUGCUGCGGGCAGCCAGGCCGCGGGUGCGGACCAGGCUGGGACGGCGACACUGGGGGCUGCAGAAGUGGGACGCGACUCCCUGGGGCUGGUCAAGGUAGAGUGGAUAUCCCUGAGAUUGGGCAAGGUGUGCCAGGGCUGCCCCGAGCUGGGCAAUCAAAUUUUGGAAUCAUGAAUGUGAAUCCAAAUGAAUUUGGAACCAGUUUGGAAAGCACUGUGUACAGCAGAGAGGAACAAGACAAUGCUAUCUUGAACAUGUACAUGGAGAGAAAAAGCCUUGUUCUACAAUUCCUGCAAUCUCACCUGAGCCCCCAGCUCCUUGAGCAUCAUCACAAGAAAGUUGAGCUUCUGAAGAAGUCUUACUACUAUAUUGAGGUUCUGCCCUCACGUGUAAUCCUGAGAGACCAGAACCAUGUAUUGAUUUCCACUGACAUCUUCCAAAUAAUUGACCCCUGGAGAUUGCAGAGGAUGAAGAGGGUCGCAAGAACCCAGACUGAAAUCCAGCUGGUACUUUUAACUGACCUGUUAGAACAGCUGCAACGAGGUCGGGAGGAGCUGGCCUGCUACGUAGAGACAAGCGACGUGGUAACUUUCCUCUCCAAGUGGGAAUCAGUUACGCAGAAGUUGUCAGAUCUCUCUGAGCUGAUGAACAAAUUCCUUUCCCUGCAAGUCCCAGGAAAGCUCCACGCCAAGCACCGUUUGGUGUCACAUGCAGACAUCAAAGGUACCAGAAUCCCAAACAUUCAGCUUUUUCUCAGUACAAAGAUGCCAGUGAUGUUUGAUCGAAAAGAAUCAGUUGCUCGCGAGAACUGGGCCCAUCUCAAAUGGUUUACUGAAAAUCAGGAGUCACCCUUUGAGCAGUAUGAACUGCAUUUUAGGUUACUGAAGCACGGAACUCAGACAGAAGUGGGACAAAGGGGGAUUCUGGAAGUCAGCUCCAACACAUGUGUAGUCUGUGAUCUGCUGCCUGACAGAUCAUACGAAUUCACAAUUAGAAGAGCAGAGACGUACACACUUGUCUAUGAAACAUGGCAUGACACCAUUACACUGAUGACAGUGAGCUCAGCUGAAGACAGCAGGACCUGUUAACCAGAAGAACA